CAGCUCACCACCACGAUCACCGCGACAUAUCCUACACGCAGAAUUAGCAACAGUUGCCUUUGGAACCAAACCCGCAUUUCGCCCGUGAAGGAUCUAGAUUGAGGAGCAGUGAACUGGAAUCGAAAGUGCCCUUCAGCUGCCAAUGGAAGCGACGCGCGAUUGGUUGCGCGGGGUGCUAGGACCGUAUCACCAUCGUGACCGUGUUUUUCGAGAUGCGGACACUGUUCUCGUCAACUUUAACGGUUUGGCCCCAAAGACCGACACAUACACUCACGAGGAUGGCAGAACGGUUGUCCUCCUCUGCUUACACGGCACCAUUCCUAUUAAAUUCCGCGGUGUUACCUAUAAUAUACCCAUCGCAGCGUGGGUGCCGUACACGUACCCAGCUCAACCUCCAAUAUGCUUUGUAACUCCAACAUCUAGUAUGCUUGUACGGGCGAGCAAGCAUGUUGAUUUGAGUGGAAAGAUUUAUCAUCCCUAUUUGGCUUAUUGGCAUAUGAACAGUGAGGAGUCAAAUAUACUGCAGUUCAUGCGUACCCUUCAAGAGAUAUUUGCUCUGGAACCUCCCGUUUACACCAAGCCCAACAAUCCGAAUCCUCCAAGCGCGACACCUUCGACCUACCCACCUCCUGGAUACGCGAAUACUACCCAACCCGUCGGCGGCUCUCCUCAGCCCUAUCCAAACGUAAAUCGUCAAAACUAUGCACAAGCAUCCGUCAACUACUACCCCCAGCAGACGCAACAACAAUUGAAUAUGCCCGAUCCCCGCCGACACUCUACGCCUCCACCCGGCGCUCAGCCUCCACCAGUACCACCACCUCCCUCUUAUGUCCUAACUGGAAGAGCUGGCAGUCCACAUCAACAACCUCUACCACACCGAUCGCAGAGUACACCUCCACCGCCUAUACCAGCUAAACCUCUUGCGGCCGCUCUAGACGGACAGGCAUACCAGUCAGCACUAGACGAGCGUGCAGCCAAGUUGAAUGCGUUGCGGGAGGCGGUGAAGGACAGACUCCGACAUCGCCAACGCGAACUGAAUGCCGCAAUACCAGCAGACAUUGAAAGGCUUUUACUUGUGAAUAGGCGACUGACUGAAGGAGAGACCGCAAUAUCUGAGAUGAUACAAAAGUUGGGCCAGGAAGAGGCGAACGUAAAGAACAAUAUUGAGUUAUUGCAACAGAAAAACAAAGAAUUAAGCGAGUCCAUUGACGCGCUGCGCCAGCAACCGGAUGUAAAUGUUGAUGAUGUGAUUGGAGGUUCUACGGUUGUUUACAACCAAUUGUAUGAGCUUGUUGCUGAGGAUCACGCCAUAGAUGAUGCAUUGUAUUAUCUUGGGAAAGCACUCGACGCGGAAAAGAUAGAGUCCGCAGCUUUCUUGAAGAAUGUACGAAGUCUAGCUAGGGAGCAAUUUAUGAAGCGUGCAUUGAUCAAAAAAAUUCGACAACAUGCCGGGCUGACGGAUACUAUCUAAAUUAUGUGUCUACAUGGCCCCGUCUGCAAUCUAUUAUCGGCAGCUUUAUGUUGCAUCUAUCGACGACCUAUAUCCGGCGCCAAAAUAUCCCUCCCCACUCUUACGCCAUGUCAUCUACGCGUGUCAAACCUUAUCGGCUCCUUUAGCCGGACUUGUUUCCCUAUCUUCAAGCCAUUUCCUAAUAAUGAUAUCCGUUAUCACGCCCCCAAAAACGAUAGUUCCUAAGGUGACAUUUGACUUGAACUUUCCCCACGCAUCCUUCGGGUCAUCUACUUUUAGCGUUACCAAUUGCCAAGCAAAAUGGGCGGUUGCCCCGCCGACCGAUAUGGCAUAGAAGGGCAACCCUUGUGAAUUCAUAUAACCCGCCAAGGAGAGGAAACCGACUGUCGAAGCUGCGAAUCCUGUCAGCCACGGUUUAGCGUAUGCCCCAAACCUCAAGGCUGUUGAUUUGACGCCGGCCUUAAUGUCAUCUGCCUUGUCCUGCGAGGUUGUUUAUAUCAUGGCAUUUUGUUAAAUUAAUAAAUGUGGUGACUUACUUGUAGCGCGUAUAUACUAUCGUAGACCAAUGUCCAACUGAUACCUGCAGCAUAUAAUGGCAGG